AAGAGACCACUUUUAUUCCCCAUUUUCUCCGAACAGAGUUUGAAGAAUCCGCCAUUGAUGAUCUAGAGGGAAGGUGCGUUCAUACUUUGCACUUGGGAGAAUGAGCAUCUAUUGCUUCGUGACUCUUUUUCCACUUCUCUCGCUUCAUACGACUCUGAAAUCUCCAUUCCUCUUUUUCAAAAGCAGCGCGUGCUGGCGCUCGAGCGUCAACAUCGAGGUCUAACACUCGCCGAUUUCUAUAUAUAUAUAUAUAUAUAUAUAUAUAUUCCUUGUGUUUGGUCGUGAAAUCGAAGCUGUUUGUAUCGCUGUUCUGAUUCUCAUCGAAAAUGAGCUCUGCAGCCGCCGCAUUCGGUUCCCUUUCCUUUGGCCGGCGAUGCUUCUUCCAAGAUGAAGCGAAAUGUUCAAAGGCAAGAAGUCUCUAUGUUUGUAAUUCAAUGGCCUCCCCACAGCCGGGCUUGCAAUUUGCCAAGGCCAAGGCGGAGGUGGCUGAAAAGACUGUUCGAAUUGGUGUUCUUGGAGCCAGUGGUUAUACAGGUUCUGAGAUUGUUCGGCUUCUUGCAAACCAUCCCAACUUUGGCAUUACUCUGAUGACUGCUGAUAGAAAAGCUGGCCAAUCAAUUGGAUCAGUGUUUCCUCAUUUGGCAACACAAAAUUUGCCACAUAUGGUAGCUAUCAAGGAUGCAGAUUUUUCUAAUGUGGAUGCUGUCUUUUGUUGUUUGCCACAUGGAACUACACAGGAAAUCAUCAAAUCUCUUCCUAAAGAGUUAAAGAUUGUUGAUCUUUCUGCAGAUUUCCGGCUGCAUGAUAUUGAUGAAUAUGAAAAAUGGUAUGGGCAACCUCAUAUAGCACCAGAAUUGCAGAAAGAAGCUGUCUAUGGUUUGACGGAGAUCUAUAGAAGAGAAAUCCAAGAUGCUCGUUUAGUUGCAAAUCCUGGCUGUUAUCCAACAUCUAUUCAGCUUCCUCUCAUUCCCUUGAUAAAGGCCAAACUCAUUGAAAGUAAGAAUAUCAUUAUUGACUCAAAAUCAGGGGUGAGCGGAGCAGGGCGUGGUGCCAAGGAGGCAAAUUUGUACACUGAAACAGCUGAAGGGAUUCAUUCUUAUGGUAUUACUGGGCAUCGCCAUGUGCCAGAAAUUGAACAGGGAUUAUCUGAGGCUGCAAACUCAGAAGUGACCGUCAGUUUCACUCCUCAUUUAAUGCCAAUGAGCCGUGGUAUGCAAUCAACUAUAUAUGUGGAGUUGGCUCCAGGAGUGUCAGUUCAGGAUUUGUACCAGCAUCUAAGAAUUGCCUAUGAGAAUGAAGAGUUUGUAGUCCUGAAAAAGGAAAAGGAAGUCCCUCAUACUCGACAUGUUCGUGGAUCCAAUUACUGCCUUAUGAAUGUUUUUCCCGACAGAAUUCCUGGAAGGGCAAUAAUAAUUUCCGUGAUCGAUAAUCUGGUGAAGGGAGCUUCUGGUCAAGCUUUGCAGAAUCUUAAUUUGAUGAUGGGAAUUCCAGAGAGUACUGGGCUCAACUACAUGCCUUUGUUUCCUUAGCAGCAUCAUCAUAUAUGCUUGCUUCCACGUUAUGUAUGUGACUUGUGACCUUACAAGUCAAGUCUGAUCUCAACCUCCCUCUCAAGUCCGGAUAACCUGUUGCUGUAAUAUUCCAAAAUCAAGGCGGCCCCGUGGGUCAUUAUUAUUAGUAUUGAUAAUCAAUCCACCAAAGCAGCCUCCACUCCACCACCCUUAUUCCUUGCCCUUCUCCUCUUUUCCAACCCUAAAAACAAUGCCACUCAACCACUCACUUUCUCCCUGCUUUCCUGAAACUGCCUUCGUUCUGCUCCUCUAAUGUAUGUUUGCAACCUAUUUUGAGCCAAAUCUAUGUUUGGUCUCAAACCAUAAAUGGAAUAAUAUAGGCACCAAUAAUACCACACAUUAUUAUGCAAUAA